UACAACACAAAUUGAAACUGAAAAUUUAUCGAUUUUGGUAUUUUCGUUUGCGAAAUGAGACUACUUACGCACAACAUGCUUAUGUCUAAUAUCAAAGGCGUCAAAAAUGGCUAUCCAUUGCUAAUUGAGGCUGUUGAUGUUGUUGUUAAUGAAGUUGAAUUUAACCCUGAGUUUAUCUCACGAAUGAUUCCAAGAUUAGAUUGGAGUGCUGUAUUUCAGGCAGCAAAGCAGCUUGGUAAAGAAGAAAAUCUUCCGCUAGAACUUGCUCCUGAGUUUGAAAAUGAUGAGAAAUUUUUAAGGAAAGCGCAUCAUGUAUUGUUGGAGGUUGAAGUACAAAAAGGUUUUCUUGUUUGUCCAGAAACAUCAAGAAAGUUUCCAGUUGAGAAUGGCAUUCCUAAUAUGUUGUUAAAUGAGGAUGAGAUAUAAAAUAUAAAAAACUGAACUGGACACAGAGGUAGUCAUGUGAUGUGCUUGGACCAUCUUGUAACUCACAACGAAAACUGAAAUAUUUGUCAAUUUUUUGAUGAAUAUCAUUGAAUCAAUAUCAUAGAUAUUUAUUGAUAAAUACACAAAAACUAACUAUA